AUGUCGAAAGGGAGCAAUAAUGAUCCGGUGCCGACAAGCACCGAACAAAUGAAAGAAAUAAUUGCCGAGGAAGUAGGAAAGGCAAUUGAAAGCAGUCUAUCUGGGUUUAUAGACAAGAUUCAAGGUACGGUGUUGUCACUCGUAGAAGAACGAGUUAAAAGGUUGGAGGAUACGGUCAACCUUAUGAAAGACAAAACGGGAGAACGUAAAGGCUGCUCAUACAAAGAAUUCAUGGCGUGUAAACCGCCAAUCUAUAACGGGGAGGUCGACCCGAUAAUUUGCCAAAGAUGGAUAAGCGAUGUUGAAGGAGUGUUUGAACGAACCCAUUGUGACGUAGGUGACUUUGUCGCUUACGGAACGGGUCAAUUGAGAAAUCAAGCCAAGGAUUGGUGGGAUAACAAAAAGAAGGAAAUGGGAGCCGAAGCGGCGAAGGUUAUGACUUGGGACGAGUUUAAGGUACCAUUCCUUAAACACCACAACCCCAAAGCGGUUAUUAACAGAAUCAAAGAAGAAUUCAUCCAGCUGAGACAAAAGGGUGAAACAAUCGAUAAGAUCACGGGCAUCUUCAUGGAUAAGCUCAGAUUUUGUGACGAGUUAGUCACCACUGAAGAACAAAAGAUAUAUUACUAUUACAACAUGCUGAGUGCUGAAUACCGGGAAUUUAUGACUCCGUCAAAAUACGAGACCCUCACGGAGAUUAUCAACACCGCCCGGGAACGUGAAAUCGAGUUAAAGAAACAAGUGGAAAGAGGUGAGCGAAGGGCACAUGAUGUAAAUCCAAGCCCUACAAAGAAAGCCCGAACGGGAGAAUUGGGAAAGAAGGUGGAUGCUAAAGGUAGGUCGCCAAGUUGUAAAGUCUGUGGGAAGGGACACAAGGGGGAAUGUCGAUUCAAAGACAAGCCAUGUCCCAUAUGUAAUAAGACGGGGCACACGGCCUCGUUAUGCCCGGGAAAGGUAUCAGUUUGCUACAAUUGCUAUCAACCCGGCCAUAAAAAGUCCGAAUGCCCGGACUUAGUUGGAAAGAGAGACGCGAAGGAGUCUCCAGCAGAAGCCCCCAAAGCAAAGGCUAGCUCCUUCCAACUUACCGCAGCUGAAGCGAAAACAGAACCCGAUGUGGUUUCAGCUAUAUUCACAAUUAACUCAAUUCCAGCACGUGUAUUGUUUGAUACGGGAAGAUUUACCGGGAAUACCGCCUGA